CAGAAUGUUCCAAGAUGCGCCAUGAGUCCUUUAGCACAGAAUUUUCGGAUGUUGAUAGUGACGACUCUUAUCAGAAAGAGGUGGCAGAAAAAACACAGAUGUAUUUUGUUGUAAAACAAGAAGCAGAGAUCGAAGUCACGCUUGACAGAAUUAUCGAAAAGAAAGGCAGCAUUGACCUUGCAUUGCUUUAUAUAGUAUCAAAAUUAGACACCGAAAAUAAGGUACAAAUGCUAAUCAAUAGCUUACUGCACCGUGGUGCUAACCCUUCUGCUAGGGACAAUAAUUUGUGGACACCAUUACACUACGCCGUCAGGAAAAACUAUAAAGGUGUAUGUUCUAAACUAUUGGAGCACGAAGCCUUCCCAAAUGCACGUGACAAAAAAGGGGUUAUGCCAUAUACACUUGCCUUCGAGGCGGGAAAUGAUGACAUUGCCGCGAUGCUCAUUACACACAUGAAAAAUGAAUUCGUCCGUAAGAUACACACCAGCGAUGGGAAUGUGUUAGCAGAAUUUAGCUUUCAUGCUCUUUUGAACAAAAAUAUGCAGAAAACAGUCAUGGCCAUUUUGGAUUGCAUGAUAGACCCAGUCAGCCCAAGUGGUGAUGUAUGUGUGUAUUACAAUGUCCUAGAGGCAGAUGAGAAUGGACGAGUUCCGAAUGAUUCAAAUUUCAAUCCACUAUCAAAAUCUGGUCUUCAAAUCAUAGCUAAGAGUGGCAAUAAAACUAUAGUGUACCAUGAUGUUGUUCGUUUACUCAUACGCAGGAAGUGGAAAGAAUACGUUAGACUCAAAUUUCUAAUAAACUCUAUAUUCUACAUAAUUUCCCUGAUAACCAUUACGUUUUCCGCCAUUGUUGCCAGUUCGACACCUGAUCCAUCUGCUUAUGACCUUUCUUCACCACAAGUUGCGCGCGCAUUCUGUGAAGUUUGGUCGCUUGGAAUGGCCAUUCUUAUCCUUUGCUCAGAAUUAAAUCAACUGCGUAAACAUCGUUUGGAAUAUUGGCAGGAUGCUUUUAACUUUAUCGAUCUUUCCUCGUCCAUUUUGAUAAUCCUCGUCUUACCAUUACGAUUUACCCAAACGUCACAGCAAUGGUUAGUGUUCUCAGCUGCCUAUCUCCUGUGGACCAUGAGAAUUUUCAAAUAUGCUGCUGUUUUUAGACAAACGGGAGCAUAUGUCCAGAUUUUAUGGAGGAUUCUUAUUCACGAUAUUUUCCAGUUCACCACAUUCUUUUUCUUCAUCCUCUUGGCUUUCAGUGGUUGUCUUCUGUUGUCCCUUCGUGGAGAAGGUUCAUUAGAACAAUUUCAUGAAAGCAGUUCCUUUUGGCAUAUCCUGUUUCUUGGUGGUAGGAUCCUGAUAGAGGCUGAACGAAUUGUAGAAUAUACAGAACUUCAGACUAUGAGUCUUAUCAUCAUGGUGGUAUUUCUGUUUACAAUCUGUGUACUUCUAAUAAACAUUCUGAUAGCCCAACUCAGUGACACUUACCAAAAUGUCCAGCAGGACGCUCAGAGGGGGUUGGAAGUCAACAGAGCUUGGAUUGUUGCUAGGGUCGAACUGAAUAGUCUUUUUUUCGGCAAGGGACAUCGAAUAACACAUUACAAAGAAAAUGAAAACAUUUAUGAUAUAAGAGAUGUCCUAGAGAAAUGGGAAAGUCCUCCACUAAACGAAAUCAACAAAUGUAUUCAAAAUAUAUCCGAGGAUCUUGAUUCUCACAAAAUGAAUCUUUUCACGGUUAAAAAAAGAGUGGCAAGACAAGAAGCAACCUUGUCUAAAAUCCAAGUGAGUCUGGAUAAGCUUUUGGAACUGGAGGAAAAGAGACAAAGGCAAAAUUUGAGACGUUCAUUUACUAUCCUAUAACAUACAAACUUCAAACCCCAGAUUAUUUAUA